AUGAAGAAAAACUUCAAACCCUCUGAAAUUGAUGAAGAACAUGAAGAUCUCCUGGCCCUUUCCCUCUCAACGCCUCAUAGCCAAUACAUGCAUUCAAACUCAAGCCAACCUCCUCCUCUCUUGGCUUCAACACCACCACCACAACGCUUGCCUCUCUUUUCAGCAGUGCCACAGCCACCGCCACCUUUUGAUUUUCACCUCUACCAUCUCCCACACAGCCCUCCUGCCUUUCACCAUGACCUACCAGGCCCGUCCCGUCCGACUCGAACCCGAAGAUCCCCUGCUCGAACCCUAAGCCAAGGCAAAACAGAAACGAUACCAGCCCCAUACCCUUGGGCUACAACAAAACGUGCCACGGUCCACAACCUUCACUACCUGCAGUCCAAUCACGUGAAUACGAUCACUGGCCUUGUUCAAUGCAAGAAAUGCGACCAAAGCUUUGAGAUUUCAUAUAAUUUUCCCAAGAAAUUCCUCGAAGUUGCGAAGUUCGUUUCGGAACACAAAUCCGCCAUGCAUGACAGGGCACCAGAAUUUUGGAUGGAUCCCACGUUGCCCGAUUGCAAUCAUUGUCAUCAGAGCAAAUGCAUGAAGCCUGUGAUUUCCAAGAAACGGUCGAUCAAUUGGCUCUUCUUGCUUUUGGGUCAGAUGCUUGGAUGCUGUAAGCUUUCUGAGUUGAAGUAUUUCUGCAAGCACACCAAGAAUCACAGGACUGGCGCCAAAGAUAGAGUCUUGUACCUUACUUAUUUGGGCAUCUGCAAACAGGUUGAUCCCAGCGGACCCUUUGAUGCUUAG